GAAAAAACAAGAAAAGUAAAGAGAAUUCUAGAAGAAGUUCCAUUUAUAACUGCACCUACUCUUCACCAUCACAAUAUCACAAGUCACAACUAGCACAGCACCACACAGAUCAGAAGCACUACAAAACUUGUAACAAUGUCCUCCACAUCCAAAUCUUUAAUCCAAACACUAAAACGCUACUUCAAGAAACCUUGGGAAAUAACAGGACCACAAUCAAGUCCUGAAUAUGUACCCUCCAUACCAAAAGCUACAGAGUACAGAAUAUUCUCACCUGCAACUCCACAAGCUGAAGCUAUAGUCCCAUCAUCAAAUCCUGAGACUGUAUAUGAUAUCAACUACUUUUCACGUGACCAAAGGCGUAAUCGUCCUCCUAUAAGGAGAACUGUACUUAAAAAAGCUGAUGUUGAGAAGAUGAUGAAGGAGAAGACAUUUGAUAUUAAUGAUUUUCCUAAGCCGUAUUUGACUGCUAAGGUUGAGGAAGAUGAUAAUGCUAUUGGUGGUGGCUACCAGAAAUAGAAGGCUCUCUGGUCGUGGCAAACUCGUGCUGCUGCUGCAAUAACGUGCUUGAUGAUGUUUUGCAAUAUUAUGUGAUCAUGCCUCGUGAAAUAAAUUGGUUUGCAAUGAGACUAAUUUCAUGAAGUGGAUAUUCGUGUGUGUUCGAUCUCGUGUCGUAAAUUGGUCAGACUCAGAUGUUGCUUUCUGUUGUCUUGACGUAUUGUGUUGAUAUGGUUCUAGCACUAAAUGAUGUGCCAUUUGGAAUUUUCAAUAAAGUUGGCAAUAAAUUCAAAUGAGGUCAUGCUAUGCUCUUUAGGUUGUCUGUCUUGCAAUACAGCAAGUUCCUUCGUCUUACUUCAAUGAGCACUGGUAUUGCAAGAUGUAGAAAAAUUUCUGGCUUGGCCAAUAUGUUUUCUGUAUCACUUAUUGAUGGUGCCAUACAUGAAAUUCGUGUUCUUUGAUGA